AUGUUGCUUAAAGAAAUUCCAGGAGAGAAAGUUACAUAUUUUAGUUUUGAUGAAGUGAUUGAUAAAAGUGAAGGAUUUAAUAGUCUAACUCCAAAUGGUAUACCUAUACAUGAACUCAUUUUGGAAAAAAAUUGUUCAGUUAUGUUGUUCAGAAAUAUUAAUCUUGCAGAAGAUUUAUGGAAUGGGACUAUACUUAUUUGUCGUGACUUUAAGCAGAAUGUUAUCUUGGCUGAAAUUGGGACAGGAGAAUAUCGUGGAAAGCAAAUAUUUUUGCCUAGAAUUCCAUUCAUUCCUCUUGAAGGUUGUGUAGCUAUCAAAUGUUGCGUGGUUAAUAUGAAUACAAUUGGUAAAGUUGAUAUCUAG